AUGAAGCCUGAAUUUUUAACAUCAGUUCAAAAUUUUCGUCAAAUGGUUCAAAAGUCUCGAAUUCCUGCCUCAAAGAUAUUAGUUAUGGAUGAAGCUGGUAUCUGGAGUGAUGACAUUUCUCUAUACACAUAUGCUGAAAAAGGAUCAAAAUAUGUUGAUGUUGUUGUACCAGAUAUAAAGAUCAAGCACACAAUUGUAGCAACACUCGGAGGUGAUGGAAGUACUUUACCUGCACUUUGGAUUAAACAUCAAAAUGCCAACAAGGGAAGAAAACAAAAAGCUAUUAGAGGAAUGAAUACUAUAUUAAUGCUGAAAUACAUUGAUGAAGUUUUGGCACCAAAUAUACGUGAUGCAAAAGGAUUGAUUGAUGCGCUAAUUCCACCAUAUUCGUCAACAGUUUCUUCGAAUACUUAUUAUCGAAGAUCACGUCCAAUGCCAUCAAUUACUACAGCAAAUGUUACAUCAUUAACAAAAGCUAUUGAAUCAGGUAGUAUGAAUAUGUCAAAAGGAAAUUAUAAUCCAAUACGAUCAUCGAGUCGUAAUAUUCAACCAUCACCUGAACGACCAAUAAAAGCCAGUAAUUUGAUAAAAACUAAUGUUGCAAAUAAUUAUACUGUAGAACAUGUAUCAAAUCCAACAGUUACUGUUUAUAGUAUAGCAUCUGUACCUCAAUCAACGCAUUAUAAAAAUAAUGAGUCUACAAUUUCAGAAACUUCAAUAGAUGAAUCAAGAUUAAUCAACGGUGGUUUAUGUGGUCUUCAGAAUUUAGGAAAUACUUGUUUUAUGAAUUCGGUGCUUCAAUGUUUGUCAAAUACAAAACCACUUUUAUUAUUUUGUUUACAAAAUAAUCUUGAGAAUUACUUGAAUACAUCAACCACAAGUGUAAUGAAAGGAGCUUUAAUGCAAGAAUAUGCAAAUUUAAUUCAUAAAAUGUGGCUUUUACCAGAAGAUCGAUCGGUUGUGAGUCCAUUAUCAUUUAAAAAUACAAUUGGAAAAUUUGCUCCACGUUUUACUGGUUAUUCAGAACAAGAUUCACAAGAAUUUUUAAGAUAUCUUUUACAAGGUCUUAGCGAAGAUGUUAAUCGAGUACGACAAAAGCCAGUACCAGUUAUAGUUGAUGAAAAACAAGAGGAGCGAAUGAGAGAAAGAGAUCGUGCAAAAGCAAGUUGGGAUCGUUGUUUACGUUAUGAGAAUAGUCCCCUUGUUGAUAUUUUUGCUGGACAAUUAAAAAGUACUCUUGAAUGUUCUUAUUGUGGAUAUCAAUCAAUAACAUUUGAUAUGUUUUGGGAUUUAUCAUUACCUUUACCACGUAAUAGAUCAUCGACAACUUUACAAGAAUGCAUUCAAUUAUUUAUGAGUAAAGAAGAACUUAAUGAUGAUGAAGAACCAAUGUGUACAAAAUGUAAGAAAAAACGUCCAUGUACAAAACAAUUAUCAAUUCAAAAAUGUCCUGAAAUACUUGUUCUUCAUUUAAAACGUUUUUCACAAACACGUGGUAGAACUAAAUUAAAUACACAUGUAGAUUUUCCAAUAACGAAUCUUAGACUUGAUGGCUUAACAGAUAUUAUGUCUGAAAGUCAUGAAGGACCAAUCCCGACAUAUAAUUUAUUUGGUAUAUCAAAUCAUAGUGGUACAGUUUAUACUGGUCAUUAUUUAGCUCAAUGUAAACAUCCAUUUACACAUAAAUGGCAUGAAUUUAAUGAUUCAAAUAUUCAUUUAAUAAAUGAUAUUUCAACAAUAAUAUCUGCAGAUGCUUAUGUUUUAUUUUAUGAACGAAAGAGUUUUUAA